UCCAAUUCAUCCAAGAGACAUCGGGCACGAAUGAAUACUGAACUGGAGCAACUGGCUGAGGUGUUGCCAUUUCCCAAGGAGGUGAUCAACAAACUGGACAAGUUGUCAGUUCUCCGGCUCAGUGUCAGCUUCCUGAGAGCCAAGCGCUACUUUGAGGUUGCACUUCAGAGUCAGAUCAUCAGCAGUGCCGAGAAUCAGUCUCUACCACUGCUAAAUCACCACAGGUUCCAACCUGUGGUAUCCCAGAGGGAGCCUUCAUGCUACAGGUAUGUACAACGCUUGAGUGCAAUUGGGCUCAAACAGUUUUGAAUUUACUGUAUUGUA